AUAAUGUAUUUCCGGGUCACACGUGGGCAACAUGGCCGACCACGAGGAAGUGGAGAUGGUCGCUGCAGACGACAGUGACGCGGAUAGUGACGAGGAAAGUCCGCAGGACUCAGACAAACCCGCGGAAACGAAGGUGUAUCUACCUGGCGACCCCAUGGACGAGGAGGAGGAGCUGGUUCAUGACGAGUCCGCCUACGUCAUGUAUCAUCAAGCACAGACAGGUGCCCCCUGCCUGAGUUUUGACGUACUGCAGGACAGUCUAGGUGAUAGCAGGGAGACGUUUCCCCUGACUGCCUACAUGGUGGCCGGCACACAGGCUGAGAUCGGGCGACCCAACCACGUCAUACUCAUGAAGAUGAGCAAACUCAACAAAACGGCAGCAGGCUCAGAUGAUGAAGAUGAUGAGUCUGAUGAUGAGGAUGAGAAUCCCCAGCUGGACACUGUCAUGUUCCAACAACAGGGCGGAGUCAACAGGAUCAGGACCACUGUAGUGCAGGGGACCCAUCUGGCUGCCUGCUGGUCAGACAAAGGCUCUGUCCACAUCUGGGACCUCAGUAAGCCCCUGCGCGCCGUUGAGGAGCCCAGCGCCAUCGCCGCCUUCGAGAAGAAGAAGGACAAGAUGCAGCCGGUGUACUCCUUCCCUGGGCACCAGACAGAAGGGUUCGCUGUGGAUUGGUCAACAACAGUCAAUGGUCGGCUGGCUACAGGAGACUGUAGGAAGGACAUCCAUGUGUGGAACAUGCAGGACGGAGGCUGGAACGUUGAUCAGAGACCCUUCACUGGACACACCCAGUCUGUAGAGGACAUCCAGUGGUCACCUAAUGAGGCUACAGUUUUUGCCUCCUGUUCUGUGGACAAGACCGUACGGAUAUGGGACAUCCGUGCGGCCCCUAGCAAGGCAAACAUGUUAACAACAACAGCCCACGAACGGGACGUCAACGUCAUCAGCUGGAACAGGCACGAACCAUUCAUCGUGUCAGGGGGGGACGACGGAGUCAUCAAAGUGUGGGACCUGCGACAAUUUCAGAAGGGAGUAGCAGUGGCAGUGUUUAAGCACCACACGGCCCCCAUCACCUCAGUGGAGUGGCACCCCACGGACAGCACGGUGUUCGCCGCCUCGGGAGCAGACGACCAGCUCACCAUGUGGGACCUGGCGGUGGAGAGGGACGAGGAGGGCGCGGCCUCACAGGGCGUGGACGUGCCGCCGCAGCUGCUGUUUGUGCACAUGGGACAGAACGAUAUCAAGGAGCUGCACUGGCACCCACAGCUGCCAGGGGUCCUCGUGAGCACAGCUCACAGUGGGUUCAAUAUCUUCAGAACUAUCAGUGUUUGAGGAGGGACAAGUGUCAUCUGCA